CAUGAGACUGACACAAGAGAAGCCCCACAUUACGUGUGACCCAGUUACAACAGUGUUAGAUCACUAAAAGUACUUUCAUUUCCUCCAGACCGAGGCCUUUGGUUGUAAUCAGAGUGCUAAAGUCCAAUUAACCAUCACUAACUCCUUCAACCAGAUGUCAGUUGUGCUCCAAGUGUGUGUCUGAGUUGGAAAGAGAGGGAUGAUAGAGACAGAGAAAGAGAUUCUACGUUAAGCUGCUAUUUGUUCUCUUUGGUUCUCAGACGGGUGGAUCUUAAGCUGAAAAAGCUGGACAGCACCAAGUCUCUGCUAAUUAAAUCGGAGCAGCUGCUUCGGAUUGAAGACCAUGAUUUUGCAAUGCGGCCAGGCUUUGGAGGUUCGGCUAUUCCUGUCGGCAUCGAUGUCCAGGUGGAGAGCGUUGACAGCAUAUCUGAAGUAAACAUGGACUUCACCAUGACUCUGUACCUGAGGCAUUACUGGCAGGACGAUCGCCUUGCCUUCCCCUCCAGCAGCAACAAGAGUCGUACAUUUGAUGCACGUCUUGUGAAGAAAAUUUGGGUUCCUGACGUGUUCUUUGUCCACUCAAAGCGCUCUUUUAUCCAUGACACAACCAUGGAGAACAUCAUGCUGAGGGUUUUUCCUGACGGUAAUAUCCUCUACAGUGUCAGGAUCACCGUGACUGCACUUUGCUCAAUGGACUUCAGUAGCUUCCCCCUGGACACACAGAAUUGCUCUCUGGAGCUGGAGAGCUAUGCUUACAAUGAGAACGACCUAAUGCUCUACUGGAAGAAUGGGAACGAUUCAUUAAGGACUGACGAGAUCGUGCUCUCGCAGUUUUUUAUUGAAGACUUCCAGCCUUCCUUUGGGCUUGCCUUCUACAGCAGUACUGGUUGGUACAAUCGACUCUACAUAAACUUCAUUCUCAGGAGGCACAUCUUCUUCUUCAUGCUUCAGACGUACUUUCCCACCAUGCUCAUGGUGAUGCUGUCCUGGGUGUCUUUCUGGAUAGACAGGAGGGCUGUACCUGCCCGUGUCUCUCUGGGUAUCACCACGGUUCUGACGAUGUCCACCAUCAUCACUGGUGUCUCAGCCUCUAUGCCACAGGUGUCUUACGUCAAAGCCGUAGACAUCUACUUGUGGGCAAGCUUCCUGUUUGUCUUUCUGUCUGUCAUCGAGUACGCUGCUGUCAACUAUUUCACCACGGUGGAGGAGAUGAAGAAGCUGAAAAGGGCAAAGAUACCAAACACCUACGACGCAAGCCAGGCGAUGGCGUUCGAUGGCUGUUUUCAUGACAAUGAGAUUGACCUGGCUUCUUUUCCAGAGGUUUCCAGCACCCCAAAUACAGAGAGGAACACCCAGUCCCGAAACUCUACUGUCUCCGGACCCACAGAAGGCACCAGGCUGCGCCGCAAACAUCCUUUAAAACACAACCUCCGCUUCAUUAUGAGCAACAGCUACAUGAUCGACUCCUACUCCAGGGUCAUAUUUCCCAUGGCUUACCUACUCUUCAACAUCAUUUACUGGAGUAUGUAUGCAUAGUGCAUUAACUAUGCAGCUUCUUCAUUUUUGACUAUUCUCACCAUUAUACAGUAAAACACCAGGCUGCAAUAAGCAGUCUUACACUUCUCUGCAAUGGGAUAUGACCUCAAGUUUGCACAGUUUGCUGAUGAGAACAUAGAUACCUUUCAUAAUGUUUUCUACUCAAGGAGUGUUCAGUUGCAACUUGGACAAAAUCCGAGAUCAGCUGUUGGAUUGAAUGGCUGUUAUUUUUUCUGGGUGUUUGGUAUUUUUUGGCAUGCCUGUUUUAUAAGAGAAAAAGUUUUAUUCUAACAGAUAUAUUAUAUUUUACUUCUUGAUUAGAAACAAAAAAUCAAAUUGUAU